AUGGUCAGAGAUUUACUUGGUUGUUUACAUGCAAGGUUAUUACAAUUUCGACAUAUUGAUUCUGUGCCCUGCUUCUUAUUAACACACGAUGUUUGUGACGUUUUAAAAGUGGAAAUUGAUGACACAGAGUUAAAUGCCAUCCGUGACGAAAUAUGUUACAAACUGAAGAGCGGUGGUUACGUCGUCAAGGAUGGUAUUCAAACAAGUUUUCGUUGUUUUAAAGAAUUUCUGUUGAAAAAAACAGACCAGAAAAUGAAACAGUUAAAAUAUAAACGAAAAUAUACUACUACAAUGACAUCACCAAACACUUUAACUCAAACACAACUAACAACAACUACAAUAUUAUCUCAAGCAACAACAGUAUCCUCACCAUCAUCCAUGACUUCUGAACAACACAAACAACAGCUCAUAUAA